CCCUAGAGACCAACUCGAUGUCCCGGGUCUGAGCUUCCCAGAGUCGGAGCGCCUUUCUUUAAAUACAGGGAGGAGCGGAGAGCCUUUCUAUUCCAGUCCGGAAGGGGGAAGGGCUGUAAAGCACCGCUUGGUGAGAGCUGGGGUUAGAUUUCAAGGGACUAGAGCUCCAGUCCUACUUUCAUCUGAAGGAGGGAGCUUCCUUAUAUGCUGAAAAUUGUGUUCCUUAUAUCCUGAAAAUCCUGCUGUCCUAAAUGCAGAAGAAUCCGAGCCGCAAUGUGUGUGUUAUGUGCCUUGCUGUUCAGUCACUUCCGACUUUGCAGAAGCCGCCCCAACGUCGAGUUUCGAUUUUUACCGGAAGUUCAGGCCCAUUCUUUUCCCCCGGCAGGACCCGCUCAUUCCUUUGCUUUUCCCUAGGGGGUGGGGUUAACGGAAGGCGUCAGCGAGCGGGCGGAACCGUCCUUGCGCGUAGCUGCUGUCCCCCGCUUCUUUGGUCCGGCGCUGUUGCUGUAGGCCGGGAGGCUUAGACUGAGGCGAGAGGAGCCCUGCUUGGCUCCGGCUGAGGAGCCGGUGAGAUGGCGGCUGCCGGCCCGUCUGGGAGUGGAAUGGCCCAGAAGACCUGGGAACUGGCGAACAACAUGCAGGAGGCGCAGAGCAUCGACGAGAUCUACAAAUACGAUCGCAAGCAGCAGCAGGAGAUCCUGGCCGCCAAGCCCUGGACCAAGGACCACCACUAUUUCAAGUACUGCAAAAUCUCUGCUCUGGCCCUUCUGAAGAUGGUCAUGCAUGCUAGGUCAGGAGGAAAUUUGGAAGUGAUGGGCUUAAUGCUUGGAAAAGUGGAUGGUGAAACUAUGAUCAUCAUGGAUAGUUUUGCUUUACCAGUGGAAGGCACUGAAACACGAGUGAAUGCCCAGGCUGCUGCAUAUGAAUAUAUGGCUGCAUAUAUAGAGAAUGCAAAGCAGGUUGGCCGUCUAGAAAAUGCAAUUGGCUGGUACCACAGUCACCCUGGCUAUGGCUGUUGGCUUUCAGGCAUUGAUGUCAGUACCCAGAUGCUUAAUCAGCAAUUUCAAGAACCAUUUGUGGCUGUGGUUAUUGAUCCAACAAGAACAAUAUCUGCAGGAAAAGUAAAUCUGGGAGCUUUUAGGACAUAUCCUAAGGGCUACAAGCCUCCUGAUGAGGGCCCUUCUGAAUAUCAGACUAUCCCGCUUAAUAAAAUAGAAGAUUUUGGAGUACACUGUAAACAGUAUUAUGCUUUAGAAGUCUCCUAUUUCAAAUCCUCUUUGGAUCGAAAGUUGCUUGAACUUCUGUGGAACAAAUAUUGGGUGAACACUCUUAGUUCAUCUAGUUUGCUUACUAAUGCAGACUAUACCACUGGGCAAGUUUUUGAUCUGUCUGAAAAACUAGAGCAGUCGGAAGCACAGCUAGGCCGAGGAAGCUUCAUGUUGGGUUUAGAGUCCCAUGACAGAAAGUCAGAGGACAAAUUAGCUAAAGCAACAAGAGACAGCUGUAAGACCACCAUAGAAGCAAUACAUGGAUUGAUGUCUCAAGUUAUUAAGGAUAAACUUUUUAAUCAAAUUAACAUUGCUUGAAGAACAUGACCAAGGUAGAGAAAAAAUACCAACUUGGACUUUGUUCAGUUUGGAACUGAAGGCAGAAUGGAAAUCUUCAGUUAAUUUGUAGUACUUUAAAUCGUCUCUACCAUCUCAUUGCCCAGUUUUAGAACAGUGUUCUGAAAUUUAUUGUAACUGCUCUUUACCAUAAUUUUGGUUGUUGCUUCAAGAGAACAGUAAAUGUGACUUACUGAAUGAUGAAGCUUUAGAAUUUAUCUCUUUGUCAAUCUGCAAUAAAGCUCUCUUAAGCAUGA